GCCUUCAGGACCGACCCCACGCCGUCUGUUUUUCGCUGGUUGUUGCAGAAUGGCCGAUACCGAAUUUGAGGAAUUUCGACACUAUUUCGAGAGGCUUCCGCAGCAUCUCAAGGCACCACUUUCCAAUUACACGCUCGUUCACGAUGUGAUGAUAGACGAUUCACCGACCUCGUCGCAGGAUAGCGACCCAGAGGUCGAGAGAUCUUGCGAUGGAGUCGCAGGCGAUUCCGAGGACGAGGAAGUGGUGGUCAUUCAUCGGCACGAGAAUCAGAGCGGACACACUUCCGGUGACGAUAGCGAAGAUCUCGAUCACAACUGUUCCAUCGUCGCUGAUAGCGACUUUAGGUUGGUAACAUCCUUGUUCGGUGGACUGAGCAGCAGGGGUCGAUCGGCAGGCGUCGGUGGACCGGGCCCUGGUGGAGGUAGCGCUGCCGGAGCCGGUAACGGUGGUAGAGAUAGCGUAGUCAGCGACGUCGGGGAUUCCUGUUCGAGUCUGAGUUCCUGGCCGACACCUGAACAUGUACCCUCGAAUCGUCCUGGAAGUGGUAGCACCGAGCGCAGACGUCGGAGAUUACCGGAAAUUCCUAAAACGAAGAAAUCUCUGUCUAUCGGUCAGACGUCUACGCAGUCGUCGUCGUCUCUGGCAGAUGAAUUGAAUGCAGCAACUGGUUCGAGUUCUAGCCGGCCGCAUUUAGUCUUACGAAAAUGUCACUCGAGGCUUCGUCAUGAGGAUAGUUCACCUGAUAGCGAGCGAAUGGCUACUGACAGUGGUCAUUCCACUGCCCAUUCGCCGGAAAAUGGACCGAAAAGUGUGUCGCCGAUUCCCUGUAACACGUUACAGAACACUGACUCUGUUUCGCCGAGUAGUACACCAGGAAGCGGUGGUGUGCCUUUUACUCAAUUAGAGCUAUUGGAGGCGACGCAUCGAGGAUUGCACAAAUUCGUACCAAGACAUCAUGAUGAGAUCGACCUCGAAAUCGGUGAUCCUAUUUACGUUCAAAAAGAGGCUGACGAUCUAUGGUGUGAAGGUGUGAAUCUGAGAACAGGUCGCCAAGGUAUCUUCCCCUCGGCUUACGCGGUCGACAUGGAUUACAGUGACUUUGAUCCCUCGGCGCCGAAGGUGAAGAGGGAAAGAUACCUUCUUGGUUAUUUGGGAUCUGUGGAGACAUUGGCGCAUAAAGGCACUGGUGUCGUUUGUCAAGCAGUUCGAAGAAUUGUCGGAAACUCGCAAGAAUCUCCCGUUUCACAAAGCUGUAUCUUGGAAGUGUCCGAUCAGGGUCUUCGAAUGGUCGAUAGAAGUAAACCACGGAAGAAUCAAGGACCCUGUCACGAUUAUUUCUACUCGCUUAAGAAUGUUUCAUUUUGCGCGUUUCAUCCUCGUGAUCAUCGCUACCUCGGCUUCAUCACGAAGCAUCCUACCUUGCAAAGGUUCGCUUGCCACGUUUUCAUCGGUCAAGAAUCUACGAGGCCCGUUGCCGAAGCCGUCGGGCGUGCUUUCCAUCGGUUCUACACGAAGUUCAUCGAGACUGCUUUCCCGAUAGAGGAUAUCUAUAUCGAAUAGAUUGUACUGCUGGCCUGUCGUAUAGCGGCUACGGAGGAAAAGAUAAAUCUCACAUUCCUUUGUCCCUUGUACAUACUGCCCUUAGUUGUAGAUAUUAUAAAAGAAAAAUGAUAGACGCGAAUCAAACACCCAAUUUAUGUACAUAUACAUAUAUGCAUAUACAUGUACACAUAAGUACUUACCUGUAUGUAGACCUAUAUGUAUGUACAUAUAUCUGUAUGUAUCGAGCAAUUUCGGGAAGCGUCACGUCGGGACCGAUUAUUCAAUGCCAUCUAUUGUUUCCACAUAUUCAAUUUAUUAUUUAUAUUUCUUGUUUUUUAUUAAUUAUUAAAUUUAAUCUAUUAUUUAUAUAUUUUUUAAUUUAUCAUUUCUACAGAUCUCGACCGUUUUCCAUUAUCUCAUCCAUCCAUCCUGCCUUCACCACUUUCCAUUUAUGCACGAAUCAAUCCAUAGUUCCUGUGAGGCAAUUUCAUUAGUCGCGAAAUCAUUUUUCCUCGCUUUCAUUACGUUUUGUUACUACGAUGGGAUGCGGCGACUUAAACUCCGGGUGAAAAAUCUUUAAUAUUUGAAUAACGUACACUAAUUACUUACCAGAUAAGAAUUAAUCGUUAACCUUUCGAUCCUUCGACCAAGAUAUCCGUAUAGCGACACAUAGAACGAGACAAAACCGACAAUAGUGUGGAUCGUUCCAACAUUUUAUUUCAGAAUAAAAAAAAAAUGGUAGCGAACAAAAUUUCAGUUUGAAUUUCUUUUGUCGUGCGCGUGUAGAACGACCGAUUCAUUGCUUUCAACCGUAUAAACGUUUCGAAUUUGCUCCGAAUUACGUUUAAAUCGUGGCAACGAAAGAAUAUCGUUUUCUUCAAAAAAGAAAAAGGAAAGGAAACGAUCUCCAAACGCGCCAAGAGAUAUUAUUAUCGUAUCGUAUUUAGAGACACGUCUAUUUUUCUAUCUUUCUUUCUGAAAGAAUCGUUAAUUAUAGAUUGCGUUGUAAACGAUAAGGCUUUAACGUUUUACGAUCUUAUUCGAUUCCGCGACCUCCGGAUGAUUCGAAUCGCAAAACGACGAUUGAAACGCACAUUGGCCUCCCUGAAUCUUGAUUAUUAUUAUCGAUUGUACUGCGUUACAGCGUUUCGCGAACUUUCAUGCAGUACGAAUCAAAUCGCACGCACCGAACGAUAAAAGGUCGAUCUAUAAAUAUAAACAAUGAAUAAGAAUGAAAAGUAUAUAUAAAACAGUCGCGAUUAUUAAUUUGUACCAUACUUAUUAUAAUGUUCGAUCGUGAGUCUCAUGAUAAGUCUCGUAAUUCGAAAAUUCUUUGACAUCCUUCGUUGUAUCGCUUUUGUCAACGAAAAUACUCUUAGAUUGGUGCAUAUGAAAAUGUCGUUGAUGGUAUGACCCAUUAAAUUUUGUCUUAUUGCCAAUUAUCAACUACAAAUAAGAAGAGGAAAUUUAUUAUAAAUCAAGUAUAUGUAACGUUAAGACGAUUUACAUAUUUAAAACAUCACAGCCUUAUUAUUGGCCGUCACGAAUAAUUAUAAUAUUCGUAUAAUUUUCUUAUAUACCAUGAAAGCUACUGUAUACAUAUAUGUAUUUACCAUUUGGAGAAGGACGUGAUAUUCCCUAUUUCAUCUUAAAAGAAAUUGUAACAGCUUCACCUCAAGACCUUUUGAAUUUUAGAACUGAUAAUUCUCAUAAACCUAAAAUAAUAAAUAAUAGAUAAUGAAUCAUGUGGAAAUUACUUGAAUUAAAUAUGUGGUAUUUUGACGAAAUCACAUAUUGUUAAAGUUUUAUUUGAAAAAAAAACGACAUUUUAUAUGUAGCAACCAAUACAAUUACUAAUAUUGCUCUUCGAGUUUCUUUUUUUUUCUGUAUAUGUUAAAAAUGAAUCAGUCUUGUUAUAGGUGUCGUUUAGUUUAGAUGAUUACGUGCUUGGGAUUUGAUCCACGCUGUACACGUAUUGAACAACUCAGUUACACACAGUAUGUUGAAUAAAAAUUGAGAGACAAACUGCAGUGCUUACUCAUUACUAAGAGACUCUUGUCUGCACCAUCGUCUAUCAAAUAUACGUGCCUUUGAUUGAGAUCGCCUCGAGUAUCGUGCCUUUACGAUUAUUUUCUCAUACAGGUACAAAUUAAUAUCAUCCGCGUGUGUAUAACUCAUUAUUACUUACUCUUGAAUUUUUUCAUGAACUGCAUCGUCGAGUUAGAAUAAAAAGGUGCGUGAUGCAAAAAACCAUACUUUGACUACAUUUAUGUCCGUUACCUUUAAAACUUGAUUAAAAAGAAACGUAGAUUUACUUAUGACAAAAGGAAGAAAAGGAAAUAUUACCGUUGAUCAUUUAUGGAAAGUGAAACCUAUAUUUAUCGUUCUAUCUUUCGAUUUGAAGUUUUUCGAUGUUUUCGUCGUCGAGAUAUUCGAUUGGGAAUUCGAUUAGAACCUU